GUGUAGGAUUGAAGCUGUCCGUCCGUCCGUCCGAUCCGUGCAAGUUCGAGAGCUCGAUUCGAGGUACGCGCGCGCGCGAGAAAUAUUUCUGAUUUUCCAGACCCGUGUGGAGUGGACUGUUUGUUGGCCAGCGAAUCCGACGGUCCGAUGGUGAAGAGGGUGGCCGAGAGGAGCCUGAAUAAAAUAAAGAAAGGCAGCACACAGCAUUAGAGGAGAGCUAGUUUUUCUUAAUGGAAUGAAAUAACAUGGCACAGUGUGGACCCCGUUCGGUUCGUUCCAGCAGCCAGAGCAGUUGAUCGGACCCGUGUGUUGUGUAUAUGUGCGGGAACGGUUUCGAUCCCGAGAUGCAAAGAAGAGCGGCCACGAGUGCGAGACAAGACAAGGGAUACAUUUUAAAUUAACACCGCACAUUUAGAGCUCGGCUCGAAGGAGGUAAAAAUUUCGCUUAGGAAUUUGGACAAACGGCGAGAUUGGGGUUUUGUUUUUUUCGAGUGUCUAAAUCCUAGGGUCUCGCUUUGACCACACGCUGAAUGGACAGGAAGUUUGAAAACUGUGUGAUCAGUGGGUUAUAGAUCUAUAUAAUAUAGGAGGCUAAUCAGUAGGCGCAACGGUGCAAGCAAACUUGAAAAAUCGAAGUAGUCCGAUCGAUGGCGGAUGCUGUCACAGCCAUAUUUAAGAGGCUUGGACAGCUGGGUAGCACGAGAAGCUCGAAAUUCCGAUCGGUAGGCAACUGCAAAAAUUCGGAACUUGCUUGCUGGGUGUGAAAUCAUCCUGAGCUGUGUGUCCUUCUGAUCGUUCGGCCCAGGAGAACAACGAGUCGCGCAGAAGCAGGAAUUGCAAGAAAUCAGCCUCAGUGAAAGAAAAGUGGAAUAUCUUUUCACGAAUGUUUGUAUACCUUCGGUUUGUUGGGUCGCCGGAGUGAACAGCGGAGUGAACAGCGGAGUGCGCUCAACACGUAUAAAAAAAAUUAUUUAUUUUCAUUUACAAUUACAAACGUGCUCUCGCGGAGUGUUCUUAUUGGGGGCCUCCCCGUCGUCUUCUUCUUCUUCCGCUUGUUUUGGAGUCGCCGUCAUCUUCUGCAUUUCGCUGGCAGUAGUUCCUCCGCGGCGAUGGUUAUUUUUUCCUUCUUUUCAUGAGAAAUAUCUCAUUAUAUUGUUUUAUACACAGUUUGGCGCGAGCUGUGCGCAAAGUGAGCGAACGAACGAGCGAGCGAGCGAAGAAAGAUAGCCAGGGAGAAAAGGGCAUCCAAGUGCGCGAGUGAAGAGCAGAAGACCCGCGACGGUGGUUGCUACGACGACGACGACGACUAGGAAGAAACGUCGAAAACAACGACGACAGCGACUUGCUAGCGCGCAAAACAGUGAGGAUGUAAUACAAAGUGAAAUACAAAAAUAUUUUUAUAAUAAAAUAAAGUCAAACAGAGAAAAACCGAAGCGAAAAGAGUGUUGUUGUGUGUAGUGAGGAAACCAGAGUGAAGAUCGAAGGAAAAGAAACAGGCUACGAGCGAGCGAAUGAAAGAAAGAGAGAGAGAGGCUGCGGAAUAAAGUGAAGGUGACGCAGGACGGGGAAAAAAAAGUACGAGAAAGAAUUUUUUAAAAGGAAAUUUUUGUAGCUGCAAAUAGGAAUUUUAAUCACAAAAUUUUUCGGAUACAUUUUGAUUUUGCGUAUAUGAUUAAAACAAAGUGAGAUUAAAUGUAUUUUUAGUAUUCCCUCUUUCGGGCGCAACAUUCGCAAGCUUUUGCUCCGUGUGAGCAUCAUCGGUAGGAUUUGAAAAAAGCAGGCUCCAGCUUGCCAGCGAUAUUUUUCGGAUGUUUCGGGUGUGGAAGAAAGUUCGGCGAGCCCCGGAGAAGUGGUAGAAAUUCGAGAAAAGUAGCAGUGCCAGUUUUCGGAUGUUCGUUCCUUUCUGCUGUGAAGCACGGGUCGUUGUUUUUUUCUGUUGUUGCUGUUGUUGUAGUUUGUUCAUGCUUAGAAGCAAGAAACACAGAGGAAGAGAAAAGCUCAAGUCGAUCAUGAUGAUGAAGUGUUGAUUUGUUUCGAUUGCGGUGUGCGCAGCCAGCCCACGGAAAUAGCGAGAAAUAGCGCUAAGCUGCCGAGAAGAUAUUUAAAUAAUAAGGAAGUGAAGAUUUCAAAUCCCACCCGAAGGGAAGGCGGGGGGCAAGUUGGGCAGAAACCCGGGGGAAAGAAAGCGAGAAAGAGGAAGGCGAAGAAAGUGCUGCAGCGGUGUUAGUAGGCUUUUACGAGCGAGAAGAAUUCGCCCAACUCCGGGGAAUGGCUAGAAUCGCAGCAAGCUAGACAACCCACGUUCCACCCCACCAGAAGAACAAAAGCGCCUGCAACGUAGCGGAGAAAUAGUAAUAAGCGGGAUUAAGGGAUUAAACGCUUCACUUCAACUCCGAGAUUAAGAUCGCUCCUAGGCCGCAACAAACAUUGCCGCCACGACGAACCGCCCAGCCAGUGAGCCCACGCGAUGGAACCUGCCUCUAGCAGCCGGCAGCCGCACGCUCGCUCCGCACAAUCCGCUGCCGCCGGUGAUCGGUGAUGUUCGCCGGAGCAGCGCCCUGCCAGCUGCCACUAGUCAAUUGUCAUCGCACCGAUCGCCAGCAUCAUCAUCAUCAUCUCUGUCACCAUCCGUGUCAUCAUCGACAACCGGUACUCCAUCCCUCAUGUCAUCUGCAGCAAGCGAGCAGAUCGGGAUGGGCCAGAAAAGUAGUUUCCGGUUUCGUCGCAGGAAAAUGUCCCUCCUGUGGCUGUUACUAAUGAUAUGUGCCUUCACGGGCGAUAGUGGAGGAGGAGGAGGUUUCUUCCAGUUAGCCAGCGCGGAACACGUACGUGAAUUGGAAGUGUCCGAAGGGGUUCCGAUCGGGCAUCAGAUUGGCUUUAUCGGAGAGUUCCUGCAUGGGGUCGAUAGUGGACCUCCGUAUCUAAUCGUACCCGUUCCCGGUAGUGCCGUUGACUCGGAACUAGCUAUCGAUCAUACAACCGGUGAAAUCCGAACCAAGAUUCCGCUGGAUAGAGAAAAACGCUCCUCGUAUUCGCUGGUGGCGAUUCCUCUGAGCGGGGAAAACGUUCGCGUUGUGAUACGAGUGCUGGAUGAGAAUGACAACGCGCCUACUUUUCCGACGGCAUUGAUGAACAUUGAGUUCCCGGAGAAUACACCACGGGAUGUGAAACGGACAUUAAAUCCAGCCCGAGAUCUGGAUCUCGGUCGGUAUAAUACUCAGCGGUAUAAUAUUGUGUCGGGUAAUGUGAACAACGCCUUUCGGUUAUCAUCGCACCGGGAGCGCGAUGGAGUGCUUUACUUAGAUUUGCAGAUCAACGGAUUCCUUGAUCGGGAGACCACACCAGCGUAUAGCCUCGUUGUAGAGGCACUGGAUGGUGGUAAUCCUCCGUUGCGAGGACAGAUGACGGUUAAUAUUACGAUACAGGACGUGAACGAUAACCAACCGAUCUUCAACCAGAGUCGGUACUUUGCGACUGUUCCGGAGAACGCCACGAUCGGAACGACAGUUCUGCAGGUCUAUGCAACCGAUCAAGAUGCCGGUGAAAAUGGUCAGGUGGAAUACGCCAUCAAUCGAAGACAGUCGGACAAGGAUCAGAUGUUUCGAAUAGAUCCGAACACUGGUUUAAUCUCGGUCAAUAAACCGCUAGAUUUCGAGACCAAGGAACUGCAUGAACUGGUGGUAGUGGCGAAGGACCGCGGAUUGCAGCCGUUAGAAACGACGGCUUUUGUGUCGAUACGAGUAACGGAUGUGAACGAUAAUCAGCCGAUAAUAAAUGUGAUAUUUUUGAGUGAUGACGCGACACCGAAGAUUUCGGAAUCGGCACAGCCGGGUGAGUUUGUGGCACGGAUUUCAGUGAAUGAUCCCGACUCGAAGACGGAGUACUCCAAUGUGAAUGUUACACUUUCCGGUGGGGAGGGGCAUUUUGGGUUAACCACGCGCGAUAAUAUAAUCUAUUUGGUGAUUGUGUCGCUUCCGCUGGAUCGGGAAAUCAAACCGAACUAUACGCUCAGUGUGGUAGCCACGGAUACCGGCAAUCCUCCGUUGCAUGCGGCGAAAACUAUUUUCCUUACUGUAACGGAUAUCAACGACAAUGCGCCGGAAUUCGAGAAGGAAAUCUAUCACGCGAACGUAAUGGAGGUGGCCGAUCCGGGAACGUCGGUCAUCCAGGUGACCGCUCUGGACAGGGAUGAAGGCAACAAUUCGGCAAUUGCUUACUCCCUACUGGACACUCCGGACACACACUCGCAGUGGUUCCAGAUCGAUGCUAACUCCGGGCUAAUUACAACCCGGGCGCACAUCGACUGUGAAACCGAUCCGGUGCCGCAGCUGAUCGUGGUGGCGAAAGAUAAUGGCUUCCCGCCGUUAUCGUCCACGGGGACCGUUCUGGUUACCAUCCACGACGUCAACGAUAACGAGCCGAUUUUUGAUCAAAGCUUCUACAAUGUGUCGGUGGCGGAGAACGAACCGAAAGGACGCUGCAUUUUAAAGGUAUCCGCUACCGAUCCGGACUGUGGCGUCAAUGCGAUGGUAAAUUACACCCUCGGCGAGGGCUACAAGAAGAUCACCGAGUUCGAGAUACGCUCCAGCACCGGCGAAGUGUGCAUCGCGUCCGAGUUGGACUUCGAGACGCGCAAUUCGUACGAAUUUCCGAUCAUUGCAACCGAUCGAGGUGGUCUCAGCACAACAGCGAUGGUCAAAAUCCAACUGACCGAUGUAAACGACAACCGGCCAACGUUCUACCCACGGGAAUACAACGUAUCACUGCGGGAGUCCAUGCCGACCAAUUCGCUGCUGUCCACACCGGUGGUAGUCGUGGUGGCAACCGACUCCGAUAGCGGAAGUUUCGGAACCAUUAGCUACCGGAUAGUGGCCGGCAACGAGGCCGGCAUCUUUCGGAUGGAUCGCCUGACCGGGGAGAUCUUCGUCGCUAGACCAAAUAUGCUUUCGAGCCGCAGUCAACCAUACCACAGGUUGAACAUCUCCGCCAGCGAUGGAGGUGGACUGCGAUCAACGCACGAUGCCGAGGUGUUCAUCAGCGUAAUCGACGCCACACAGCGUCCGCCGAUCUUCGAUAAGCCACGAUACACAUACUACGUCAAGGAAGAUGUUAAAAAGAACACGGUUGUGGGUACAGUUUCUGCCACCAGCAGUAACUCAGGAAGUCGCGGUUCCAUUCGAUACUUCAUCUACUCCGGCGAUCCGGAUGGUUACUUCGCGAUCGAUCCCGUUUCCGGAAACAUUCGCGUUGCCAGUACUCUCGAUCACGAAACAAAACCACAAGUUCUGCUGAAUAUUCAAGCAACCAGCGGGGAUCCUCCUGCUUAUGGACAUACCCAGGUCAACAUCGAUAUCGAGGACGUAAACGAUAAUCCACCAGAGUUUGAAUCCAGCACGGUUCGCAUUUCUGUUCCGGAAAAUGUCGAGAUCGGUUCUCCGCUGUACGCCGCUAAUGCCCAUGACAAGGACUCCGGAAUGAGCGGCGUUAUCACGUACCGGCUGAGCAACAAUGGUCCAACAACGGGUACACUCUUCAGCAUCGACAGUCGCAGUGGUCAUCUAAGUCUAGCUCGACCAUUGGACUACGAAACUAUCCAGCGGCAUACGUUGAUUGUGACGGCCUCCGAUUCCGGCAUUCCUUCGCUGUCGACGAAUUUGACGAUUUUAGUUGAAGUUCAGGAUGUCAACGAUAACGCACCGGUUUUCGAGAAGCACGAGUACUUGAUUAAGGUGCUGGAGUCGACACCCAGCAAUUCACAGAUCCUGCAAGUCGGCGCAGUAGAUGCCGAUACAGGAAACAAUGCUCGGCUUACCUAUCGUAUCCUAGGAGACGACAACAGACCUCGUUCAGGGAAAUCAAACACGAGAGCACAGGACAGCAGCAUUCCUCAGAUCUUCGGUAUAUUCCCGAACAGUGGAUGGAUCUAUCUACGUACGAAACUCGAUCGAGAGCUGCAUGAACGGUACAACAUCACGGUGAUCGUCAGUGAUAACGGAGUUCCAACACUGACGGCAACGAGCCACGUAAUCGUCACCGUACUGGAUGCCAACGAUAACAGUCCGGUUUUCGCGAAACAGCUGUACGAAUUCGAGAUCGAAGAAAACAUGCGACGAGGUUCGGUUAUUGGAUUGGUGACGGCGAGUGAUGCCGAUGCUGGUAUCAACGCCGUCGUUCGAUACAGUCUAAUCCCAAGCAAUACCAGCUUUCAGAUUAAUCCGGUAUCAGGGGAAAUCACCACAAGGGAUACUCUCGAUCGGGAAACAAAAUCCAGCUACGACCUCGUGGUGGAAGCACGUGACCAGGGAACGCCCUACCGUAGCUCACGGGUCUCAAUAAGGAUUAAAAUUCUUGACGUCAACGACAAUUCCCCGGAAAUCGUCGAUCCUCAGGAGGACGUCGUUAGUGUACGUGAAGAACAACCCAUCGGAACUGAAGUCGUUCGAGUACGGGCCAUUGAUCGUGAUUACGGCUUGAAUGCGUCGAUUACCUACUCGAUUUUGAAAGGGCGAGAUUCCGAUGGGCAUGGAAUGUUCUCGAUUGAUCCACUAACCGGCGUGAUUCGGACGAAGGCUUCACUUGAUCAUGAGGAGAAGACGAUCUACCGCCUGGCGGUAGCUGCGACUGAUAGUGGUAAACCCCCCAGGCAAACUGUGCGACUGCUGAGGAUCGAAGUACUAGAUCUUAACGAUAAUCGACCAACGUUUACGAGCUCCAGUUUGGUGUUUAGGCUUCGUGAGGACGUCGGUGUAGGUCACGUCAUCGGAUCGAUCAGUGGUAGUGAGCAGUCGGAUUCGGAGAACUUGAUCGCGGGUUCAAACGAUCUUCACAUAACCUACACCCUCACGCCACUGACAAACGACAUCACGGAAGGUGCCUUCGACAUCGAUCGCAACUCCGGAAAGUUAGUAGUAGCACGAUCACUCGAUCGAGAACAGCAAAACGAGUAUCGAAUGGAGAUUCGUGCGUUGGACACUAGCGCAAGUAACAACCCGCAAAGUUCGGCCGUAACCGUGAAGAUCGAAAUUGCCGAUGUGAACGACAACCCACCAAAAUGGCCAAGCGAUCCGAUCAACGUCUACAUCUCGGAGGAUAGUACUGUGGGUUCGAUUGUGUUUAACUUUACCGCCACGGAUGCUGACUCUGGUACGAACGCCGAGCUGAAGUACAACCUUUCCAAAUCUUCAGUCUCACAGAAGGAGUUCUUUUCGAUCGACUCACUGACCGGUUCACUGACCCUUUUGGCGCCGCUUGAUUAUGAAGAAACCAAGGAGUUCCUGCUGAUCGUUCAAGCUACCGAUCAAUCCUCCAACGUAACCGAGAGGAUGACCACCUCAGCAACAGCCAGGAUUAUGGUUACCGACGUAAAUGACAAUUCACCAGCUUUCGUGGUGCCGCAGGCACAGGAUUCAACUGUUUACAUCAGUGACUCCCUGGAGGUGAAUCAGAUCGUCUCUCAUGUGGUUGCCACCGAUCGCGACAGCGGCGAAAAUGGACGACUAAUUUACAAAAUCGUUAGCGGCAAUGAUGACGAACGAUUUACGAUCGAUGCCGAUACCGGCUUUAUUCGUGUUGCUAAAGCCUUCAGUAGUAACUUCAUCGCUGACCACUUGAAGAACUCCGUUACUGGCCGAUACAAUUUGGUGAUCGCUGCAUACGAUCAAGGUAUGCCACGAUCAAAGGAAGCUAAAAUUACCAUUCAAAUUGUGAUCCAAAAUACCACCAACAACCCCCCGCGGUUUCUGGAAUCGGUUUACCAUGUAAACAUAACCGAAAACGUACCAACGGGAAGCUUCGUGGUUCGCGUUUCCGCCAAAUCCUAUAACGACAACGGAAAUGCUAAUCUGACGUACGAAAUCCCGAAGGGAACCGGAGAGGAUCACUUCACGGUCGAUUCGAUACGGGGAAUUGUUACCACCCGGGGAUUGUUUGACCGGGAAUCGAAGGAUCUCUAUACGAUUCCGAUCUACGUUACGGAACAGAACCGAUUCAAGAGUGCUGCUUCGAAAACUUCCAAAGAUCUGAGUCAGUUCGAUGUGGCAACGUUGGUCGUUCGGAUCACCGACGUAAACGAUCACGCGCCUGAGUUCUUCCCGGGUUCGUGUUAUCCACUGGCGGUGCCGGAAAAUAAUGAACUGUCGGUGAUUCACACCGUGGUGGCCAGCGAUGCUGAUGAGGGUUUGAAUGGGGAAAUAACCUACAGUAUUUCCGGCGGAAACAUUGGCAAUAAGUUUAGUAUCGACAUGAACACGGGAGCUUUAACGGCGCGUCCUCUGGAUCGUGAAAUCCACGCACGGUACGUGCUGCAGAUUACUGCCCAGGAUCGAGGAUCGCCAACGUCUCACCAAGGGCACUGCAACAUCACCAUUCGCGUGGAGGAUGAAAACGAUAACGAUCCGAAGUUUGAACUGCAGAAGUACAUUGCCACGAUCGAUGAAGAUGCACAAAUCGGGACGACGGUGCUGACGGUGAAGGCCGUCGAUGCGGAUAUUGGAAUUAAUGCGAGGAUUGUCUAUUCAUUGGCCAAUGUCACCGAGUGGCUGUUCGAUAUCGAUAGUAAAACCGGUGUUAUUACCACUGCUGGAAACUUCGACCGCGAGCGGCAAAGCGUGUACAACUUUAUGGUCGUCGCCACCGACGGGGGCCGCUACAACGCUCGGUUCCAGAGCGUGGCCGUGCAGGUCAUCAUCGCCGACGUUAACGACAACAAACCGGUCUUCGACAAGUACCCGUUCAAGGAGCAAAUCGGUGCACUCAUCCAGCCGGGCCAAACACUGCUGCACAUCUCGGCAGUUGACGCCGACCAGGGCAGUAACGGCGAGAUUGUGUACAGCUUGAAUGACAACCCGAACAACGCGAAGUUCCGCAUCAAUCCGAACACCGGAGCGCUGAGUGCGGUGCAAUCGCUGGCCAGUGAAAAUGGGCGCCUGCUGCAUAUUGAAGUGACCGCUAGGGAUAAGGGUAAUCCACCGCAGGUGGCUACUGGAUUGAUCGAGCUACGUGUUGGGGAUCUGCAGCAGGAACUGCCGGCUUUGCGGUUCCACAACGACUCGUAUCGGGUUAAUUUGGUGGAGAAUACCCCCGUCGGGCAAACGGUUAUUCAUUUGAAUGCUGUCCGAAGUGACGGUCGACGGCAAAAGAUCAUCUACAGUUUCGGGUCGGGUAAUGAGGAUGGAACUUUCUCGAUUGAUGCGGUUACGGGUGAAAUCAAAAUUAGAAACUCACACAACUUGGAUUACGAGCGGUUCAGUCGGUUGAAGUCGGAUGGGAUUGAACUGGUGGCUGUGGCUAGAACCGAUGGAAGUCCACUGCUGUAUGGGUACUGUACGAUCAAAGUGGAACUGCAGGACGAGAAUGAUAAUUCGCCCCGGUUCACUCAGCAGCAGUACUCGGCCUCGGUUUGGGAAGGUAAUAAUAAAGGGGCGUUCGUGAUUAAGGUUGGUGCAUUCGAUGCCGAUCAAGGCUCGAAUGCGCAUAUCCUGUACCACAUAGUCGAUGGUAAUCACGAUAAUGCGUUCAUUAUCGAGCCGGCUUUCAGUGGGAUUGUCAAAACGAACAUCGUUUUGGAUAGGGAAAUCCGCGAUAAGUACAAGCUGAAGGUGAUCGCCACGGAUGAAGGAGUACCGCAGAUGACGGGGACGGCUACGAUCAAUGUGAACGUUGUGGAUGUGAAUGAUAACCAACCGACGUUUCCACCGAACAGUGUGAUCAGUGUUAGUGAAGCUACCACCGUCGGAACGGUUCUUACCUCGAUCACCGCCAAUGACGUGGAUACAAACCCACCGCUAACGUACAGCUUCGGAGACAGUCCGGAUAAUGACGCCAAAUCGUACUUCUCCAUCGAUCGAUACAGUGGCAAAGUGAUUCUGAUCAAACCACUGGACUACGAGGAUCGCCACGAAUACCAGCUGCGAAUCCUGGCGUCCGAUUCGGCUCACGUUGCUCGCACCACUUUGACGGUUCGAGUCACUGACGUCAACGAUAACGCUCCCGUUUUCCAGCAAAUAACCUACCACGCUAUGUUGAAUGAUGACACCGACUCGGGCGGUCAUAGCAGCAACAUCGCCAUCAUCGCAGUAAAUGCCACCGACGCUGACAGCGAAAGCAACGCCGCCAUCCGGUACGCGAUCAGUCCCCCGUCGAUGGGCUUCGCAAUCGAUGAACUCACCGGUUUACUAUUCGUCAACAUGAGCCAAGUACAGCGGACACACAGCGGAACGUUCUACCUGACCGUGACGGCAACGGACUCCGGCCGACCUACGCUCAGCUCAUCCACUACCGUCCGAUUGGAGAUGAAAUCCAAGAGCAAGGCCAAUCCGCACUUUAUCCAAAACCAGUACCGGCUGACAGUGAAUGAAGCAGCCCCAACUGGGACGGUCAUCACGAAUCUCAUUCCGAAAGCGAUCGUCGAUCAGGUCGAGGUAACCUCCGGGAUCGCGUUCGAAAUCAUCGACGGCAACGAGGAAAGCUUGUUCGAAAUAUCCUACCCAUCGGGUGCACUACUGCUGGUGAAACGUCUCGAUCGGGAAACAAACGACUACUACGAACUACGGCUGAUCGUAACCGAACCCGGUUCUCGUAUGGUUUACAAGGGUAUGAACCUAACCUCGGCGAUUAGGGUAACCAUAACGGUCGAAGACGCUAACGACAACGCACCGGAGUUUCAACCAGGUCCGUACGAAAUGUCAAUCAGUGAAUCGGCCCCAAUCAAGUAUUCGAUCGCACAGAUCAGCGCCGUCGAUGCGGACAUGCCAAACUCACCGAACUCCGAGGUUGUUUAUCAGAUCAUAUCCGGCAACGAUGGUGGCAUGUUUUCGAUCGAUUUGAUCACUGGACUGAUGUACAUCAACAAUAACCUGGACUACGAUCGCGGCUCUGUGCAGUACAAUCUGGUGAUUCGAGCCUGUGAUAGCCACGUGCAGCCCAAGUGUAGCGUUCACCCGUUCGUGAUCAAUCUGACCGAUGAGAAUGAUAACGAGCCUCAGUUCCCGGUGCCCGAGUAUCUGGAGUUUGUGGGGGAGAACGAACCGAUUGGGAUCAGUAUCUUUACUGCCCGGGCUACCGAUAUGGAUCGUGGCGUGUAUGGGAAUGUUAACUAUACAAUCGAUAAUGCUUUGACGGGAAGCUAUUCGAACAUUGACGAUGGCUGGAAGUUGUUCAAGGUGGAUCCGAUUAGUGGAGUGGUGAAUUCCAAUGCCGUGUUUGACUACGAGGAAAAGCAUCGAUAUUCUUUUACGCUAAGGGCUACGGAUUCUGGAGGCAAGUCACGUACGGUGAAAGUGAGAGUUAUGAUUGAAAGUCGGGAUGAAUUUAGUCCGCAGUUCACCGAGAGGACGUACAGGUUCCUGCUGAAGACACCGGAUGCGGGCUACUUGCCGGUUGGAUACGUUGUUGGACACGUAACAGCGACCGAUCGCGAUCGUGGUCCAGACGGUAGAAUAGUGUACCAACUGACGACGCAGCAUCCGUACUUUAAGAUAAACCGAACGACGGGAGCGAUUUUGAUUAAGAAAAAGUUGGAUAAUGCUGCGGCGUCACUGGAGGCUGGACGUGAUAUAAGCUUGGUUGUUACUGCAAGCUCGGGACGACAAGGUUCUCUAACGAACAUGACGGUGGUGGAGAUUUCCAUUGAUUCGCUGGGUUAUGCGAAGGACGGAGAAGCGGGUGGUGACUACGGCAAGUCGGAGUCCGUUUCGGCGAGCAAUGGUUUGGCGAAUUGGGCGUUGGGACUGCUCAUCUCCAUCCUGCUAGUGGUGAUUUGCGCUGCAUCGGUGUUUCUGUUUUUGCACAUGAGAAACCGUCAGCAGAAGCAGGUGAACAAAAGUGGACUGAGUACGGAGUCGGUUGGUCACUCGAACAAUUACGUUGAUCCCAGUGCCUUCGAUACGAUUCCGAUUCGAGGUAGCUCAAGCGGUACAAGCGGAGCCGGACAGUUUGCCCCACCAAAGUAUGAUGAGAUUCCUCCCUACGGAGCCAGUUCCAAUUCGGGAGCCGCUACAACUUCGGAAUUGUCCGGUUCGGAACAGUCCGGAUCGAGUGGGAGAGGAUCGGCUGAAGAUGAUGGCGAAGACGAAGAGAUUCGGAUGAUUAACGAGGGAGGUCCAAUGCAGCGAGAUGGACUACAGUUGGAUGGUAGAAUGUCCGACGUUUCGGUUCAGAAUACUCAAGAGUACUUGGCAAGGUUAGGAAUAGUGGAUAACGCAACGACCGGAAAUGCUUCUAAUUCGUCUAGAAGAUGUUCAGAAAGCAUUGGCCUGGGCAGCUCGAAGGAUGCAAUGUUGCACCACACGCUACCGAUCGAUACUCUGCACAUGUUCGACGACGAACACCGAGAAUCGGACUUGACCAAUCUGAUCUACGCCAAAUUGAACGACGUAACCAACAACAGCGAUCGGGCAAGUAGCGUCGAUGAGACGGUAACCAACGCCGGCAGUAUAGGAGCUGCCGUCGAUCACGUCAUGAUGGGCAACUACAGCGAUGUUCCGGUGGUCGGAGGUCAGCAGGGCAUCUCAAUGAACGGUUCCCUCAGCUCGAUUGUACAUAGUGAAGAAGAGCUGACGGGUAGCUACAACUGGGACUACCUACUAGACUGGGGACCGCAGUAUCAACCAUUAGCGCAUGUUUUCUCCGAAAUCGCACGCCUCAAGGAUGACACACUGUCCGUGCAUAGCGGCAACAGUGGGACAUCCAGUGCUAAGAGUAAAAACUCUCUUCAUCACACGGUGAAAAACGUACCCCCACCUCUGCUAACCAACGUCGCCCCUCGUUCCAUCAACGUUCCGGUGUUUUCGGCCCGCGGAACCAGCAGCCAUCACGGUCAAGCUCCCAACCAGUACCUGCUGCCACGGUCACCUAUCAGUCACGAUUCGGCAGCCGGUUUCAGCACAUCAUCCGCCAUGUCGCCCAGCUUUUCACCUUCGCUCUCUCCCCUGGCAACCCGGUCGCCAUCGAUAUCUCCGCAUGUAGUCUCCACCGGAGUUCCCACAUCCCAUCAUAUGGUUUCACUACCACGACCACCUCAGCAGCGAGGCCAGCGGAAGCCCUACUAAACUUUCUUCCUACGCUGAUCGAAUCAACCAGGCGCCUGAUCCGUGGUUGCUAAGCAACAUAAACCAUCGGUUGUUGAUUCGCGCCUGCUGUGAUGACGCAAAACAACUGUGACAUGCCACACAUAGAUGUAAAUAGUCAGACAUUAAAGUGUCCUGUUUUUUGCCCUUCCAUUACAAAUAACACUGUAAACAAUCGUGUACAGGUUUCUCGAUUAGAUAAAUCUUCUACAGUACGAAACGAAUAGCGGGUAAGUUUUGAACUAUUCACCAGAAAGUGCCUUUUACUUAGAAGAAAUGAAAUGAAAGUAAACUGUAAAUAGGAGAUUUUUAACCUACUGUAGAGCCCCAAGUCGUGUUUUUAAAUAGGUAUUUUACAAGCAAAUUUUACACAAGUAAACCAACGAAUUUUAACUCGAAUCAAUUCCUCCUCUCUAGCGAGUAAGCGUGUGUGUAAAUAGUUCCAGCUGUUAAUACGAGUCUAGAGCAUUUUUUUAAAAAUAAAACAACAAACAGCAAAACGAAUUAAAAUAUAAGCGUAAGCUCCGAGUGCGCGUGUAAAAUAGCCCACAAUUGUGUCGAAUUUUUUAAUUUGUUUUCGAGAAAAAGACUGUGUAAAGAUCGUGUAGAAAUAGGUUGAUUUUUAAGCAGACACGUAUUCGAGGAUUCGCGUAUCCCAAAACUAACCCGAAUCCAGUCCAAGCAUUUACUUCCUCCCGUAACCGCGGGCCCAUGAAGUUUUAGACAAAAUUUUCCAACUGUUCAAAUGUUUCCAACUGUAUUUAUAUGAAUAUAUUUUUAUCUUUGCAUAAAGGCCAUAUGUAAGCAGCGAAAGCGAUGAAAGUUUUUAAAAUAAAGUAUUGCAAAAAUUAAUGA